ACCCCCACCCCCACCGCCACCCCCAUGCUCUAGCUCCGUGGUGGAGCAUCUAUAGUGUGUGUGUGUGUGUGUGUGUGUGUGUGUGUGUGUGUGUGUGUGUGUGUGUGUGUGUGUGUGUGUGUGUGUGUGUGUGUGUGUGUGUGUGUGUGUGUGGUCACACUGGCCAGAGUAAUACGGGGCGAUGGCCACCAGCAGUGGCAGUGACAGGAGGGACACUCCACCUCGACAGAGCUGGGUGGCCUUCAGUGACGACUCCUUCUCCCCAGUGGCCCAGGACACACUCACAGAUGAGAAUGGCCUCCAUGCCCCUAUGGACUCAUGUACGUCGUGGGGCGAUGCCUCACCUGAGCCCACCUCCCCCCAGCCCCGUCACUCUGCCUCCUGGGUCCAGUUUGAGGAGAAGCCCUCCUCACCUCCGCCCUCGUUGCAGGUAAAAGGACCCAGGCACAGUGUGUGCUCCUCGGCCAGCUUUUGGAGCGUGGUGCCCCCCUCGGAAGGCAGCUGGACCACCCAGUCGGAGGAGAGGAGCUCCCUGAGCAUGGGGACCUCCUCCUGCGACCUCAACACAGAGAGCCCCUCGCGCCCACAGUCAUGUAGUUCGUCUGUAUUCCAAGAAGAUGAGGGAGUAGCCAUGGAGUCCUACAGCUGGACGUCUAACAGCACCCCUUCUCACACCAACACCAACGGCAGCAGCGCCACUCGCUUCACGUCCUGGGUCACCUUCGACGAUGACGACCACACGCACUCGCACUCGCACUCGCCACAGACCACCGUCCCUCCGGUGGCACCGUCGCCGAUCCUGCCCCGGCCGACCCAGAUGAACCUGGACAACCUGAACCGCAGGACGCCCCUUCAGGACUCCAACAGUAACCUGAUUUACGGUUCGGGUCAGAAGAACCAGAACCGAGUACCGGAGAGACAUUUAUUAGACCUGACGCCGGACGGUACCGGUACAAACCCGGCGUUUGUGCUGGACGGCCCACUUAUCCACAGCCCAAAGAACCCGUUCUACGCCGAGGAGUUCUCCAACCUCCAGCCCUCAUCCAUUAACCCCUUCACCGCCUUCUUCGACCAGCAGGAAGGGAAAAAGCCGCUGCCGUCGUCGUCGACGCCGCCGCUAACACAAGCGCAUAGCAACGGAUCCGGACUUGACAGCCCUGCACGACUCUCAAACAGCUCACCGUUCUUCCAGUCGUCCUCCGAUUCCGACCUGCAGGGGGACAUUUUGUUUUUUUCUCCUCCCGCCACUGACCACAGUGGGAAUGGCGAUGGCCGAUCGGCGCAGGAAAGUCCCCGCGACGACAUUGACACGCUGCGGAAUCUUCAGAUCGGCGACCCGGACGGCUGCGGCAGCCCGACGUUACCUGACGACUCUCCGUGCCUCGACGGUGAGAACGACGGCGACGCGGUGGACGGCGAGUCCACGAUGUCGUACUUGCCGAGUCACAUGACGCCGCAGGACGGCUGGCCGCUGCUGCUGCGCAUCCCGGAGAAGAAGAACAUCAUGUCGUCGCGGCACUGGGGGCCCAUCUUCGUGAGGCUGGGGGGAGAGGCCGGCAGCGGGUGCCUGCGCCUCUUCUACGAGAAGGGCCUGGAGAAGCCGUUCCGGGAGUUCCAGCUCACCACCUACCACGAGUUGUCGGAGGCCAAGCUGCAGAGCUACGACGAGAACGGCCGCGUGCACACCAUCAGCAUCGACCACGUGCUCUACAAGGAGAAGAGGAAGAUACAGCCAAAGGUGUCGGUGGUGCACCAGCCCUUCCGAGAGCAGCUGGUCAAGCUGGGCACCAAGAACUACGAGGACUUCCUGAGUUUCCGCCACGCGUUGCAGGAGCAGCUCGUAGCCCUGUCCGCGGACACGGGGCCGCCCAACGUGCCGCCGAGCUACGCGGACGAGGAAGUGGCCGUGGAGGUCCGGGACGAGUUCUACGGCAUGGUCUCCAAGGGCGACUGCCGCAUUCUGGAACACAUGGUCCUGACGAGGGUCAGCGCGCUCGUGUUCGUCUCCGGCACGCCCGCCUUGCGCGUGGGCCUGAACGAUGUGCUGGUGAAGGGCAAGGAGGUGGUGUCGCGGCACGACAUCCUGCCCACCACCACCACGCGCUGGAUCCGCCUGCGCGACGUCCGGCUACACCCGUGCGUCGACUGGCAGACCUUCGACGAGUCCCGCGCCGUCUCCUUCAGCCCGCCGACGGGCCGCCGGUUCGAGCUCAUGCGCUUCCGCACGGCCUUCGCCGAGAAGACGCUGCCGUUCACGGUGCGGACGGUGGCGAGUGUCCGCGGCGCGGAGGUGGAGCUGCAGUCCUGGCUGGUCAUGUCCACGGGCUUCUCCUCCAACCGGGACCCGCUCACGCUCAUCCCCUGCGAGAACGUCACGGUGCGCUACCCCAUCCCCGAGCUCUGGGCCAAGAACUUCCGCAGGGAAGGGGUGACGGGGGAGAAGUCGCUCAAGGCGCGCUUCAACAAGGGGGCCAGCUUCGGGAGCACCAGCACGUCGGGGUCGGAACCUGCCAUGAGGGUCACCUUGGGAACGGCCAAGUACGAGCAGGCCUUCUCGGCCGUGGUCUGGAGGAUCCCGAGGCUGCCCGACAAAAACUCAGCACUGGGGCACCCCCACACAUUCUUCUGUCACCUGGAGCUGGGUUCGGACUGGGAGGUGCCGCAGCAGUUCGCCUGUCAGAUCGAGGUGGAGUUCGACAUGCCCGCCACAUGCGCCUCCAAGGCCACCGUCCGCUCCCUCUCCGUCGGGGACAAGACGGACGUCAAGAAGUGGGUCACCUACCGGUCGCACUUCGCCUACAAGGUGGCCAUCGAACAGAAAGGCAGCUCCAAUGCAGAGAGUCCAGACGGUGACCAGCCAUCACAGUGCGCCCAUCAGUGAGGAGUGAGGAGCGAGGAGGAGGGACACACAGCUGGGACAUCAUGGACCUCAACACGAGACUGUCCUCUGUGUACACCUGUCUUCUGGAACCACCUGGGUAUGGAGUAAUGACUGGAUUCACUGGACUGGAUUCAGUAGGGUGGGGGUGGGGGGGCAUGAUGCACUUGAAGAGAUGAGGGAUGAUGGUGACCAGACACCAAGCAGCUUUGUCAGACAGCAACACAGGCAACUGCAAUGAAGCACCCAGACCACAAGAGGGAGCCAGAUUGCAGACAAACUCCAAACUCUGACAGACAGCAGCGCUGGGACACGGAAUACAUAACAGCAGUGUCUGUAGAAUACAGCACUUGCUAUGGAGUUUACUCUUACAGAUGACAAUGAUGUGCUUUUUUCUGCCCCAAGAAGGGCCUUAAGAGUCAUGAAAGAUUGGACCAGGAACUUAGGCCCAGGAACUGAAGCCUGGGAACUUGAGCCCAGGGCUAGAGUUCCUGGUCCGUUUAUACUGCAGGACAACCGAAAAUUCUAAAUGGAAUGGUAGCUGUGGUAACACAUUCAAAAAUGACCUGUAAGCACCAGGGCUAACUGGUGGCCCUGGCAGUUGAGGAGGACCUGUUACCUGGACAACAGUUCUUGGUUUGGCCCAGUUCUGGCCUAGCCCAGGAGGUAUAAACUGGUACAGGGGCUGGGCUUCAGUUCCUGGGCUUAAGUUCCUGAGCCAAUGGCCCUCAGUAUAAACUGGGCUCAUGACACUGGGACUGACAUGAGACACAGGGUCUAGCCCCCUAGCCUGACUAUACUCCAGUCCAGACUACUUCUCUACUUAAUCCAUUUGUAGCUACGAAUGGAAAACGUAGAGAGGGUAUGGCGUAUAGUCAGACUAUACCCCAGAGAGGGGGCACAAAUUGUACAGUAGGUGCAUUUUUGCACUGUGGCCAAGUAUGGGAUACCUGAGUACCAGGGCCAGCUGGUUACCUGGUUACCUGUUACUGUACCUGGGUUACUUGGCCACCUGGGUCACUUGGUAGACCAGCUAUUUACCUACAGUAUCUGGUUACCUGACUUCAGGACCAGUUACUAGGGCACCUUGUCUUCUUGGUUACCACCAGGGCUAUCUGACUACUUGGGUUACCAGGCCAAAUGGUGUUACUUGGUACACCGGGGUACAAGGCUACCUGGUUACCUUACCAAUGACACGAGUGGUCUACUUUGCACAGCUGUACAGCGCCAAUGCUGUAGGCUACAGCUUUGAACGGUUAGCACGGUUCUUUGCUAUUUUUGUUAAUAUUAUACCUGGGCUUGGUUUUUGACCACAUUAUGAGUUGGGUCUUUGGGUGAAAUGGUUUGGUUGUAUGUUUGUGUGUUUUGAUAGAUCAUUUCCCCUGGUCUUGGACCAACAGUUUUGCACACUGUAAGACUGAUUCUUAAAACGAUGGCAUGACAUUGAAAUGUUUAAAAGAACCGUUGAGCUGGAUGAUCAUUGGAUAAAUUAUACAGGUAUUGUUACACGUUUACUGAGAUGUAUUGAGUCCCAUUGUCCAACAGGGUUCUUCUGUAUUCAGACAAUUGAAACAAAAGUGCUCUUAAUUUGCAUAAGGCACAUUUUGAGAUAGUGUAGAGUACAAAUCAUUUUUUUCUGGCUGGGUUAUUUUGCUUUUCUUCUUUUCUUUAUCUGUCAUAUUUCUCUGGUGUUAGCUAUAUAAACUACAUUACCCAUGAGCACCUUGUGAGCACAUGAUGGUAUACUGCCAAGACCACAGGCCACUGUGCUUCAGCAAUACAGGUACAGUAAGAAAAGACUGAGGUUACAUACAGAUUCAUUGGCACCGGUAAAACCAAAAUCUCAGUUGCCUUACAUGCAUUUGUGUAGUUGUCAUUCCUUUCAGAAUACAUGUUGUUGAAAAGAAAAAGAAGGGCUAAUAUCCUGUCGAGAAGAGAAGCAUUACAUACAUGUACAGUAUGUAGCCUACCCAAAUACAGAGAUAGUGUAAGUAAGGGCUAUUACACCCUUUUUUGCGAAUAGCUAACAGGUCAAGUCUAAAUCAAAUUAUAUCUAUGCGAAAAUCCCAAAUUACAUAACUGACUAAAUUGAUGCUGCUAAAUUUUUGAUAUAUGCAUUUGUACUUAGAAAACCCACCCUACACUGACUUUGUAAGAGCCCUGUACAAUGAAUCAUACUAAGUAUGAAGUGGACAUUUUUUGAUGUAGUGUAAUGAUGUCACUUUCUUCCACUGGGCAUUUGUAAAACUACUGAAUGGUGUUUGUACUCAUGACAUUGCCUCUCUCUGCAUUUUACUGAAUGUGCAUCUUUACUACUAACAGGAACAGUGUUUCACUGGGUGAUCAAAGAGAAAAGACUUUCAAGAAUUGUUCAUGUAUUAUAACCGCCUCUUAUUUCUUUGCUAUGUUUUGUUUUUCAGACUUUAAAGUAAUUUAUGAAUCAAGUGUUGUAAUUAUAUGAAUUUCAAUGUGUCAUCGUUCGCCAUCAUUUCAUAUACAGUGGGUUUAUUCACAUUAUUUUUCUCUGCAGAUAUUAAUAACUGGUUCCCAAGUACAAACUGUAAUAAACAUAGUCUAGACUUCCAUUAAGUAGCAUAAACAGGCUCACUGUUGGUCCAUAAGUGUCAACACUACAUACUGUACAGUAAUAACAGUAAAUAAAACGUCC